CGAUAGAGGGAGCCCGUUAGAUGUUAUGUUUUUGUGGUUUAGAAAAUCUGAAGAACGGAGACGGUUGUUGAAAGAAGCAGGAUGAAUUCCGAUAAGAAAAUACUAGAAGCAAAUGAACUCUUACAGGAGGCAGAAAAACACAUGAAAACAUCAUUUUUCAAAUGGAAGCCUGAUCUAGACAGUGCAGCCCAUAGUUUUGAAAAAGCAGCUUUAUGUUUCAAAGUUGCUAAACGUCUUGAUGAGGCUAAAGAUGCAUACUUGAGAGCCGCAGACUGCCACGGGCUGAACAAAGCACUUUUUCAUUCAGCUAAGGACUUCGAACAAGCUGCAAUGAUUUUGAAGGAUCAGAAAAAUUAUGACGAGUCAGUAAAGUUAAUAAAACGGGCUUCGCAGUUAUACCGGCAGUAUGGCUCAGUGGACACGGCAGCUAUAAUGCUAGAAAGGGGUGCCAAGAUUAUGGAGACACCCAAUCCAACUGAAGCAAUAGAACUUUAUAUGAAAGCAUCAGAAGUUGCAGAGAAUGAAGAUAAAUUACGGCAAGCAGUGGACUUGCUUGGUAAGGCGGCCAGGCUAAUGGUUAAAAUGAAAUUUAUGACAGAUGCUGCCGGUGUUUUAAAGAAAGAACGGGAUAUAUACAUUGAAUUGGAGAACUACCAAUCAGCAUUUCGGAGUACCGCUAUUCUUGUGCUCGUGUUUCUUUACUCCAAUGACUACGUAGCAGCAGACAAGAUUUUCAAGGCUUCCUUUGACUUGGAUGGCUUUGCAGAACAUGAGUCAUCUUAUUUACUGCAAGAAAUGCUGGAGGCUUACGACAAUCAAGAUGGUGAAGGUGUAUUAAGGAUAAGCAAGAUGCCAUACUUUACUUAUUUAGACAACGAAUAUACUAAGCUAGCUAGAGGUUUAACGGCACCAGGUGAAAGUAAGAAGGCGAAUGCACAUUCUGUAGAACUAGGAGCAACAGGGGGAGGUGAAGAUGAGUCUGGAGAGGGUGAUUUAAGCUUCCUUCUCUAGUUACCAUUUCAAUUACAAAAAUGGAUUGUCUGCAAUUAAGCCAGGUUACUACAGUGCAUCACCAAUCGACGAUAAUUUUUACCCAACUGUUAAUUUGGAGAAGAGAUUUUGAACUUUAUUAAAAAUGUGUUGUAUAUUGAGGAAGGCUGGUGCUGUGGUUAAUGUUCAAGUUCUUAGCCUCACAGUUGCCCACUUCAGCCAGGCUUAGAUACCUCGGCUUGCAUUUGUUGUAAUUGGGCAGCAAAAGUAGUUAACGCUAUAUUUCAUCCUUAAAUGCAAGUCAGCUGUGUUCCUAUUGAACACCAUAGGCUCUCUGUCUGGAACCGUAAGUUAAAGUCUAAACACUGGUUUUCAGAAACCUAGAUUCGUAGCCUAGAUGUGGACCACAUCUAGGCUACGAAUAAACGUAAAAUUUAUAUUGUUGUGAAUUUAUGACAUGAACUUAGACAUUACAUAACCCCCGGUAAUUAUCUAAUUAUGUAUUUUGUACCUGAAGAAAAAAAAAAUUACCAAACUAUGUAAAACUAUAGUACUGUACUGUAUCAACUUAGAAAAUACUGUAUCUGUGUAAAAUUGCUAAUACUAUUCAAAUUUAGUUUGGUAUUCAAUUGUCUGUAUCUAUAUUUGUAUGAAAUACAUUAAACCAAUUUUAAUAUUGUUUUAUUGAUUAGGAAAAUAAAGUAAACUCAUUGGUUAUAGUUAAGAUAUUCAGGCUGUGCCCCAGUAAAAUAGGAAAUUUCCCAUGGACCUCUGUCAGACCAAAAAUGGUAAUUUGCUUAUCAAAAUAACGUUAUUUUAAUUGCCAAUCACUAAUACUGUAGUGUGGUCUAAAAGCACACUUUUAGCCAUACUAAGCCAUAAAAACUUAACCUGUGUAUACCAUACCAGGGAAUUUCAAUCAGAGACCCUGACCAAGGAUUUAAGUUGCCAGUCGGAGCCACCACUGCCUUGAUGUACAUGUAUGGAGGCCAUUGUGUGGCACCAACGCUGGUAGUUAAUUGGGCAGAACACCAAGUGCACAAUUAUUAUGUUGCAUGGGCAUAGGCUGAAGUGAGGGAGGGGAUUGUUCACUGCACAACACUCCCCUCACCAGGGUUCCAAUUAGUUUUACUUAUUGGGUUAUAUAAAUAACCAUGAGUUUUCAUUGGAAUGAGGAUUUAGUUCCACAUUCAACCUACACCCCUUUAUUGUACGCAGGACCGUGAUCUGCUCUGAAUCAUAGAGAUGCUCGAAGGAUUAGAAACACUGACAAAGAUCUUCACGGUUUAGUGCACAAGAUGAAGAUAGUACUCUGAUGUAUGUUUUUUUUAGACAGAAUGCUUUAAUAUAUCAGAAAUAUCAAAGUUAUACUGUAUUUGGAUGUUUGAAUAUAUAAUUUAUGAUGUAAAUAUACUGUAAUAAACUAUAGACAAUAUAAAAA